UUCUAUAAAAAUAUUUAUAAAUGGCAGAUACAGCUAUAAAAGAAGAGGAAGAUAAGAAGGAAUACUUCGAUACUGAGGAAGAAUUGGAGGAAAAGGUAGACAAGUUAGCUCUCUGGAUCCUCUCCUCAGAACAUUUCAUCUCCUUCACAGGUGCUGGCAUAAGUACGGCAUCAGGCAUCCCUGAUUUCCGCUCUGGAAUGGAUACAGUAUUAGAAACAGGCCCUGGGUGAUGGGAGCUAGCAGCGAAUAAGGGAAAGAAAGCAGCAUCUAAGAAAAAGAAAGCAGUUAGAGUUAAUUCAAGCUCUGCUUAUCCUUCAAGGACCCAUAUGGCAUUCGUCUCAAUGAUUGAAACAGGUUUGAUGAAAUUCCUGGUCUCUCAGAAUACUGAUGGGCUACAUCGGAAGAGUGGAGUCACUCCUGAUAAGAUUUCAGAGCUUCAUGGAAACACCAAUCGUGAGAAAUGCAUUGAGUGUGGCAAGGAAUAUCUCAGAGACUUCAGAGUCCGAACAGCACAAAGAGUUAAGGAUCAUAAGACAGGGAGGAUGUGAGAUGAUCCUAAUUGUGGAGGCAUUUUAGAAGAUACCAUCAUUAAUUUUGGAGAAGGGUUACCUGAGGAAGACCUUGAUAAUGCCUUCAAUCAUGCUUCAUGAGCAGACCUGUGUCUUAGUAUGGGAUCCAGCCUGAGAGUUACACCUGCAGCAGAUGUUCCUAAAACUGUGUUUGACAAUGGAGGAAAACUAGUCAUCGUGAAUUUACAGAAAACUCCACUAGACCCAUAUGCAGCUUUGAAUAUCCAUGCAAGAUGUGACGACGUAAUAGAAAGAUUGAUGGCCAAGCUCAAUAUGGAAAUCCCUGAGUGGAGAAUCACCAGAUUCUGUGAAGUUGUUAGAAAUGGAGACAUGGUAGAGGUCAACGGCAGGGAUGAGCAUCAUAACUAUUACAGCUUGUUCCCUAGAGUUGAUGUACAGUUAGGUGAAGAUAAGAAAACCAGGCUUAUCUCCAAGAAAGAGCCACACGUUUUCACGGUUAGUGAGGAUGAGUUUGGGACCCUGAAGAUUAUGCUCAAGUUCAAAGGGCAUUAUGAAGAAAAACCUUUAACUAUAGACUUCGACUUGGCAGAAUACCAAAGCCAACUGUAUAAGAUAUCCUAUGAUCCAUUUAAAAGAGUAUGGGAGUCAGUGAUCCCAUUAUAUUAAUUUUCUACAGUGUUAAGCAUUGCUCAAUAUUUGGCCUGAAAAAAGGGGUUUUGGGGUUUUGGGGUUUUGGGGUUUUGGGAUCGGAUAUUAAUGAUUUGAGGGUUAUUUUUAAAGUUUGGCUAAAGGUGUGCAAACUCUCAACAAAAAUUUAAUUUUAUAAACUUUUAAGGUUUGAAAUUUUAUUUAUCCUUAACCUACGAUUCCUAUAUACCUAAACUGUAAUAGCCUUCUUCUCUCAAGUAUCUUUUGUGUUUCCUACCUUUUGAUUAAACUCAAGCUGACUAUACUCAUCUCCAAAUUCUUAAUUCCACCUUCUUCUCUAUUCCUUAUCAUCCUAAAAUUCUUUCUUAAAAUCUGACUUACUUUACCACCUUAUGUCUUCACCCCUUCACACACAUCACAGGCCGCCUUCUAGCAAGCUGGGAUCACCAAGCUAGCAAAUUGGUGAUACUGCGCACAGAUUUCUUCGGGAGAUAAAUUGCUUUUAGUAUAUGGACUUUAGGAUUAAGAAUUUAAGAAAUGGGGUUUCCGAAUUUUAAGUGAAAUAGGCGAUUGUUUAAAGAUGGCUAAAAAUUAUGAAAGUGUUUUAGGAUUGGGUUGGGUGGUAUGGAGGUGUACUGGUGCCAAAGAAUUAGCUGGGGAGUGAGGAUGAAAUAUGGGAAAUUUUCGUUAGCCUUGGGUUACUAAAUUCUUAAAAUUAUUAUUACAAGUUUCCAAAUUUGUAUUAAGAAAUAAAUUUAAAAGGGAUGAAAGUUCCUUGUUUUAAAGAUUAGGUACUUCAUGUUUGAUUUAUCUUGCCUUGGAUAAGGGGAUACUUUAACGAUUUUUAUUAUUUAAAAUCCUCAGAGAAUAUUAACUUGCACUAAAAUUUUGAUAUUUGCUAAUCGUUAUUAAACACCAAAAGCGAUUCAAGAAGAUAUCUAAAAGGAUUUAUUGAGCAUCUUUUUGAAUCCCAGACUCUCAUAUGUUGUUAAAUUGCCAGUUUUAGUCUUUUAAUUUUUUACUGAAAUAUCAAUAGUACCAAUUCAUAAUUGUGAAGAUAUAACAAACAAGUAAACCAUGAAAAUCCAAUUAAAAUUUGCAUAUUUCCAUGUAAAUUUUUGCAAUAUUGUUAUCUAUUUUUUGUGGUAAAUAGAUACAGGAUUAUCAGGAUUUACCUUUAUCAUGCUAUGAUUUCUUAAGCUAAAACGAAAACUUAAUAGCAUACUCUUGAUCUUAGUCCAUUAAAAUACCAAGUUCUUCCAAAUUUUAACAUAAAAUUUUAAUAAUUUCUGAAAUUAUCUUGAACUCAUUGGUACCCAAAAAAACAGAGACUUAAUGGUUAAAAUUAUUCUGACCCUAUUCUUAAUCAUCUUGCUUAAGCUAGCACACUGCUUUCAGCAAGUUUAAAAAAGAUAGUGUUUUGGGUUUAACUUUUUGUCAGAAAAUAUUGAGUUGUAACAUCGUUUGUAUCUCACAAAUUCUUAUCAACCUACCUUUUAAUCUUCUCCCUAUGUGUCUGAACAAGAAAGUUUUAGCUGUAUAAUCUCAAAGAUGCAUUGCUCUGUAAUUUCCUGCUGCUAUAAUCCACCGGAGAUUACUCUUUAGAUAGAUAUAGUGGGUUUAAAAGCCUAUUUUGCUCGUAAAGGAGCACUAUGACAGUUUUACGUAAUGUAAAAUUAGAGUGCCUUGCAAGUAUUUAAGUUCUUUCUUGGCUGUUCAAAGAUAGCCCAAUUAGCACAUAGAUAUUUUUGUUUUU